CUCAGCUCGUACUGUCUGCCGUGCAUUAAUCUGUCAGUCGAAGACCAGCUGCGGCAAACAGAUGCUUCUUAUUGUGUUUUUCUCGUCGUUAUCGUAACAAGUUUAUCGAAUUCGCAGCAAUGGAGUUGUCAGAGAUACUGUACAACAAAGCGGAGUAUAUAGAGACGGCUUCCGGCAACAAAGUUAGUCGGCAGUCGGUGCUAUGUGGGAGUCAGAAUAUCGUACUUAAUGGCAAAACUAUUGUCAUGAAUGACUGCAUCAUCCGGGGGGAUCUGGCUAAUGUCAGGGUGGGCAGACAUUGCGUGGUGAAAAGCAGGAGUGUCAUUCGACCACCUUUUAAAAAAUUCAGCAAAGGAGUGGCGUUCUUCCCGUUGCACAUCGGCGACCACGUCUUCAUCGAGGAGGACUGCGUGGUGAACGCAGCCCAGAUCGGCUCCUACGUCCACAUUGGCAAGAACUGUGUUAUAGGUCGUCGCUGUGUGCUGAAGGACUGCUGCAAGAUCUUAGACAACACCGUUCUUCCUCCUGAGACGGUGGUGCCUCCUUUUACGGUCUUCUCAGGAUGCCCAGGGCUCUUUUCCGGGGAGCUCCCAGAAUGCACGCAGGACCUGAUGAUUGACGUGACGAAGAGCUACUACCAGAAGUUCCUCCCCCUCAGCCAGAUAUGAAUAACCGUGUACACGGUUCCUGCUCGGACUAUGAGAACGCUCCUUUUGAGACCUCGCACGAUACAGCAGUAGUAGUCCAGCUUUGGAAGUGUUGGUCUUCAAGCUGCGUGCCGCAAACGAAGAGGAGACAAACGUGGACCAAAAACGCGUGGAGCUCAUUUGUUAUUGUUGCUGUACAUGGAGUUUUAACACCUUUUCUUUGCUUGUUUGCUGCUACCACCAUGCAUACUUGUGUGUCCUAACCAAUCAACUCCAAUAUGAAAGCGUACACUGUACUUUUCCAAGCAUACAGUAAAAGCUAUGCAGCAGCAGCAUGUUGUUAUGAAUAAAUCAUAAGGAAGUAUAACCUUUUGUGAUGCAGUCUUCUUACCUAACAUUUUAUGGAAGCUUAAAAGGGUGACAAGUGUAUUCCAAUGUUAAUGCCUAUGUUUCCAACUGUAUGUUUGGCGUCAUCUAGUGGUCAGAUUUAGAAAUGCAACUGAAUCCUCCCUUUCCUGCAAAAGAAAAAUACAUUAUGUAAUACAUGAAAUACUGCACUACAUUUACUGUGUUUUGGU